CACGCACGGCCCGUCACAAUCAGGUCCAGGGCAAUUAAUUCUCCACGACUGGAAAGCAACCAAUUCUUAUCGCCUGUCUGUGUUUUUUCUCCAGCCGAUCAUCAACGCCAUCCAUCAUUAUGUCAUGAACCAUACAUAGCAUUAAUCGACCAAAAAUGGCAUCGUCGCGCGAUUGGAGGAAUUCACUGACUGCCUCACAGCGCUAUGAGAACAUUCAAGCACUGACAAGAGCUGUUGCCGCUCGUGGCCUUCGCCAAAGUGCGUUUGCGAUAGAAGACUAUGCCUACAAAUGCGCCGCCAGCCGCGAAGCUUAUGAUGUGGCAUGUCGCAGCCUCUCAGGCGGUGGGCCAGCCGACACCAGCGCUCCUCCAGAAGAUGCACCCCAAGAACCUUUAGGGAGUGCCCCUGAGUCGGGCGAUACGGAUGAGCCUAGGACCAGGAUUGGCCAAUAUUAUGACUGCCACUACGUCGCCAGUGGCGUGACAGCCGAGGUCUAUCGCUCGCAGGCAAAGGCAUUCAAGGUCAUCGUUGAGACCAAGAACAUCGAGCCUCACAACCCGUUUCUGGAGGCAAGGAUUCUCAAGCUUCUCCAGAAGCCGUGCAUCCCCCUGCUAGAGACUUUCCGGGACCAGGAGCAGCGAUUCGUGCUGGUCUUUCCCUACAUGCCCCUAACUCUGGCCAGCCUGUUAGAACAGGGGCCGCUCUUUGCCGUCCAGAUCCGCCGUAUUUUCCGCGAUCUCUUCACCGCGCUUAGCCAAAUACACUCUCAGGGGAUCAUCCACCGCGAUAUCAAACCGUCGGCCGUGCUGCUGGCCUCGCCAGAGGGGCCGGCAUACCUAUCCGACUUUGGCACCGCCUGGCACCCCUCGCUGUCCUCGGCAGCGGAGCCCGCCGACAGCAAGCUCCUCGACAUCGGCACGGGACCAUACCGGGCGCCCGAGGUGCUGUUUGGGAAUAAAUCAUACGGGCCGCCCGUCGACAUGUGGGGCGCGGGUGCCAUGCUCGCCGAGUGCUGCCGGAGCCCGCCGAAGCCGCUGUUCGAGUCGCGCGGCGUGCACGAAGACGGGAACCAGCUGGGGCUGAUCCUCAGCAUCUUCAAGACCAUCGGCUCGCCGACCAGGGAGAGCUGGCCCGAGGCGGUCGCCUUCAAGACCCCGCCCUUCGACAUGUACCGCGCCUUUGACCACCGCCCCUGGGACGUGGUCCUGCCGGAUGUCGCCCCGGACUGGUGUGACCUCGUGGCCGCGCUGGUCAAGUUUGGCAGCAGCAGGGCCUCGGCCGACCAGGCUUUGCAGUACACUUGCUUGAGUGGAGAAGAGGGCUCAACAGCAGACUGAAAACUGCUUAUUGGGGUCGGCGUGUUUCGUGACCGUU